CUUUUUUUUCCGUUACUGUGAAGUUUUCGCUGCCGAUGCUCGUGCUGGCGGUCCUGUCUACUCGCCACUCUGGAUAGCGGCCGUGAACAAAACGGGCAGAACGAGAAAGACAAGGAGACACGGACUUUGGGGAGAGUGAACGGGGCAGUAUAAAACAAGGCAGCGGCGUUAGUUUGGUGCCCAUCGUUUUAAGUGCGCACGGGAGUGUUUACUGCAGCGCUCUGUGGGAGAGAGAGAGAGAGCGAGAGAGCGAGAGAGCGAGAUAGAGACGGGAACAGCAGUUCAGAAUGGAUCACCACCAUCAACAACAUCAUCAUCAUCAAUAUGAUGAAGGAGACAACGACUAUAGGCAACCGGAAGAUGACUGGGACCGGGAUAUGCUGCUUGACCCCGCCUGGGAGAAACAACAGCGAAAGACGUUUACUGCGUGGUGCAAUUCUCAUCUACGAAAGGCAGGGACACAGAUCGAAAACAUUGAGGAGGAUUUUCGAGACGGACUCAAGCUCAUGCUGCUCCUAGAGGUCAUUUCAGGAGAACGCUUGGCCAAACCAGAGAGAGGAAAGAUGAGAGUCCAUAAGAUCUCCAAUGUGAAUAAAGCUCUGAACUUCAUUGCCAGCAAAGGAGUCAAACUGGUCUCUAUUGGAGCAGAGGAGAUUGUUGAUGGGAAUGCUAAGAUGACUCUGGGGAUGAUCUGGACCAUUAUCCUCCGCUUCGCCAUCCAGGACAUCUCAGUGGAGGAGACCUCAGCUAAAGAAGGCCUGCUGCUGUGGUGCCAGAGAAAAACAGCUCCCUACAAAAAUGUCAACAUCCAGAAUUUCCACAUCAGUUGGAAGGAUGGAUUGGGCUUCUGCGCACUUAUUCACAGACAUCGUCCAGAGCUCAUUGAUUACGGUAAACUGCGCAAGGACGACCCAAUGACUAAUCUGAACACCGCCUUUGACGUCGCUGAAAAGUACCUUGACAUCCCUAAGAUGCUGGAUGCAGAAGAUAUCGUUAGUACGUUGCGUCCCGAUGAAAAGGCCAUCAUGACGUAUGUGUCAUGUUACUACCAUGCCUUCUCAGGCAAACAGAAGGCCGAGACAGCAGCCAAUCGGAUCUGCAAAGUCCUGGCUGUCAAUCAGGAGAACGAGCAACUGAUGGAAGACUAUGAGAAACUGGCCAGUGAUCUCCUGGAGUGGAUUCGCAGAACAAUCCCAUGGUUGGAGAACCGCCUUCCAGAGAACACCAUGCAGGCCAUGCAGCAGAAGUUGGAGGAUUUCCGGGACUACCGACGACUUCACAAACCUCCCAAAGUUCAGGAGAAAUGUCAGCUGGAGAUCAACUUCAACACACUGCAGACCAAACUCCGCCUCAGCAACCGGCCUGCGUUCAUGCCCUCCGAGGGGAAGAUGGUCUCGGAUAUCUCCAAUGCUUGGGGAAGUCUUGAGGGAGCAGAGAAAGGUUAUGAAGAGUGGCUACUAAAUGAGAUUCGCAGACUGGAGAGACUCGACCACCUUGCAGAGAAAUUCCGCCAAAAAGCUGCCAUCCAUGAGGCCUGGACUAACGGUAAGGAGGAGAUGCUGCAGCAGAAAGACUACGAGACCGCAUCCCUCUCUGACAUCAAAGCUUUGCUGAAGAAGCAUGAGGCGUUUGAGAGUGACCUUGCAGCUCAUCAGGACAGAGUGGAACAGAUCGCUGCCAUCGCACAGGAGCUGAAUGAGUUGGAGUACUAUGACUCUCCCAGUGUAAAUGCUCGCUGUCAGCGGAUCUGUGAUCAGUGGGAUUCACUGGGGGUUUUAACUCAGAAACGUAGCGAGGCCUUACAGAGGACCGAGAAACUGUUAGAAACGAUUGAUCAGCUGUACCUGGAGUUUGCCAAAAGGGCGGCGCCCUUUAACAACUGGAUGGAGGGAGCCAUGGAAGACCUGCAGGACACUUUUAUCGUCCACACCAUUGAGGAGAUACAGGGACUCAGCACAGCCCAUGAGCAGUUUAAAGCCACACUGCCCGAGGCAGAUAAGGAGCGACAGGCCAUCCUGGGCAUCCAUAAUGAAAUUGCUAAAAUAGUGCAGACAUACCACGUCAACAUGGCUGGCAUUAACCCCUACACCACCAUCAACCCCCAGGAGAUCAAUGCCAAAUGGGAUAAGGUGAGGCAGUUAGUACCCCAGAGAGAUCAGGCCCUGAUAGAAGAACACGCUCGUCAGCAGAAUAAUGAGAGACUGCGCAGACAGUUUGCUAAUCAGGCAAAUGUCAUUGGGCCCUGGAUCCAGACCAAGAUGGAGGAAAUUGGCAGAAUCUCUAUUGAGAUGCACGGGACCCUGGAGGAUCAGCUGACCCACCUUCGGCAGUAUGAGAAGAGCAUUGUGAACUACAAACCAAAGAUUGACCAGCUAGAGGGAGACCAUCAACUCAUACAGGAAGCACUGAUAUUUGACAACAAACACACUAACUACACCAUGGAGCACAUCCGUGUAGGUUGGGAGCAGCUCCUCACCACCAUCGCUCGCACCAUCAACGAGAUCGAGAACCAGAUUCUGACCCGUGACGCCAAAGGCAUCAGCCAGGAACAAAUGAAUGAGUUCAGAGCCUCGUUCAACCACUUCGAUCGAAAGAGAACAGGCAUGAUGGAUGCAGAAGACUUCAGAGCCUGCCUCAUCUCCAUGGGUUAUAAUAUGGGAGAGGCGGAGUUUGCCCGCAUCAUGAGCAUUGUGGAUCCUAACCGACUGGGACUGAUCACAUUCCAGGCCUUCAUUGACUUUAUGUCUCGCGAGACGGCCGACACGGACACCGCUGAUCAGGUCAUGGCAUCCUUUAAAGUCCUAGCUGGAGACAAGAACUAUAUCCUGGCGGAUGAGCUGCGGCGUGAGCUCCCCCCUGACCAGGCCGAGUACUGCAUCGCCCGCAUGACGCCUUACACCGGCCCUGACGCCGUCCCGGGAGCUCUUGACUACAUGUCCUUCUCCACCGCCCUCUAUGGGGAGAGUGACCUCUGAACCGUGACCCCUCCCAACCUGCCUUCAAAUAUGCGUUUUCAUACACACACAUAGCUCGCGCACUAUGAGAGUUAAAGUGGCUCUUCAAAUGUUGAUCUAGCACCAAUAAGCAGAGCAGGCAGAAUUGGUCCCAGAUCAGCUCAUCAGAGCAGCUUCCAUUGGCAGCACCCAAUGACGUUCACUCAUUUUUCUAUCCUAUCAGCCCAGGCCCUUCCUGUGUGUCAUAUACAACUUCCUGUUCUUUCUCCAGCUUUGUUCAUGAAGCCUGUCUCGGGGUUUGUGUCACAAUGAUGCAGCCUUCACAUGCUUGUCAGAAGAUCCUUCUUGGUAAUUAUGUGUUUGUCACAUUGAAGGAGAAAAUAGGAAAUGGGACAGGCAAUCCUGAUACUCUUUUCUCUGUGUAAAUGUACAAUAUGCAACAAACGGUUACAAAUAUACUGUACAUAAAGCAUGUGGCAGGCAGCAUCAUUUUGACCUCUGACUCAUGUGAUAAUGCAUGACCAUGUGUUACGAUUGAUCUGCUUUUUUCCAUACAGUAAAUGCUUGUUGAUGUUGAGUCAGGCUUCAUGAACAGAUAUUCCCCUUUCUGCUUUCAAGCGCAACAUUGAAAACUCCCUUCCAGGAGGAACAUUUUCUGUAU